UGGAGUAUUUGGGGAGGAAAGAGGGGUGGGGGAGAGAAGGCUGUUGUGGGCAGCAGGGGUAGAAAGCCAGCCAUUUUAGGGAGGGGGCGCUGCAUUGGUCUGUGACUUGCAAAUGAAGGAAGCUACUUCUGUUCCCUAGGUGCCCUUUGGAGGUUUGGCUCCUUUCCUACAAAGGGAACAGGGAAGCCUCUGUCAGGAGCUUGAAUAAUCCCUUUUUCUUAGUGAAAUGCCUCCAUGACUUGGGGGAGUUCUGCUUCAAGCACAGAACCACGUUUUUGCUUUGCAAUACUCAGUGGCAUCAUCCAUUACAGCAGUUCCUGCUGCAAGGACCAGUCUGUGGAUAAAACAACUCUGGUCUUCUUGGAGGCUGCCUUUGGAGCAUGGAAAUGAAGAUGGAAAUGCAGGAUUCAGGUGGCCCAGAGAGCAUCAAGGCUGGGAACAGUGAGGAAUUCUGGGAAAGGACUCUGCAGGAAAUCCUGCAGGAGGACACACUUCCUUCUGAUGUAAAGCACCAGUGCUUCAGGCAGUUCCACUACCAGGAGGCUGAGGGGCCCCGACAGGUGUGCAACCUAUUCCACAAAUUUUGCCAUCAGUGGCUCAUACCAGAACAACACACAAAAAACCAGAUCAUGGACCUUGUGAUCCUAGAGCAGUUUCUUACCAUCCUGCCCCCAGAGAUGGAGAGCUGGGUGAGGGAAUGUGGAGCAGAGACCAGUUCGCAGGCAGUGGCCCUGGCAGAAGGUUUCCUCCUGAGCCAGGCAGAGGCCAAGAAGCAGGAAGAGCAGCAGGUGCAGGGACAGCGAGUAGAAGUGACUACUGAUUUUUCUAAGGCAGUGAAAGCUCAUUCAGGUGCUGGAUCGAAGCUGCUGCACAGAGGAAUCUCUCAGAAGGAUCAUGCAGGUGCCAUCUCACUGGUUCAUGGAACACCACUGGAGGUGUUGAGAAGGUCAUGGCUCCCGUGUGGGGAUGGAGAAACAGCUUCUACACAACCAGAUCAGGGUGCCGUGUCCUUUGAGGAGGUGGCUGUGCACUUCACGGAGGAGGAGUGGGCCCUUCUGGAUGCAGACCAAAGAGCCCUGCACAGAGCAGUCAUGGAGGAGAAUAGGCAGAAUGUGGCCUCUCUGGCAGGUGAUGGGUGGAAAAGCAAGACUAAAGGAGAAGCAUGCAGGUCACAAGUAGAAACAGCAAGAUGUAAAAAGAAGGGACAACAGAGAAAAGCAACAAAAGAAAAGCAGGAAAUGAAGAAUGAAUCUUGUCCUGUUCAUGCUGGUGACUGCCAAGAAACACCAAUCCAAGAAGAAAUAGAGAAGGGAAAGCAAGAGAGGCAGCCCCUCUUGUGUGAGAAAAGCAUUGGUUAUAAAUUGUGGCUGAAAUGUCACUGGGGAAUGAAGAGAAAGGAGGAGAAACCAUUUAAGAGCUUGGAGUGUAGAAAGAGCUUCAGUCAGAACUCUCAGCUUAUUAAACAUCAAAGAACUCACACUGGAGAGAAAUCAUAUAAAUGUCUGGAAUGCAGAAAGAGUUUCAGGUCCAACUCAGGGCUUAGGAGACAUGUAAGAAUUCACACAGGAGAGAAACCAUUUAAAAGCCUAGAAUGUGGAAAGAACUUCAUUCACAGUGUAUACCUUGGUGACGAUCUCAGAGUACAUACUGGAGAGAAAAGGUUUAAAUGCUUGGAGUGUGGAAAGAGCUUUAAUCGGAGAUCAUGUCUUAGGAGGCACCAAAUAAUUCACACAGGGGAGAAACCAUUUCGAUGCUUGGAGUGUGGAAAGAGGUUCAGUCGGAACUCACAUCUUAGACAACACCAAGGAAUUCAUACAGGAGAGAAACCAUUUCGAUGCUUGGAGUGUGCAAAGAGCUUCAGUUCGAGGGGAGAUCUUAAGAAACAUGAAAGAAUUCACACAGGAGAGAAACCAUUUAGAUGCCUGGAGUGUGGAAAGAGCUUCAAUCAGAGCUCAAUUCUUAAAGACCAUGAAAGAAUUCACACAGGUGAGAAACCAUUUAGAUGCUUGGAGUGUGGAAAGAGCUUCAGUUGGAGCUCAGGUCUUAAAAACCACAAAAAAAUUCACACCGGAGAGAAACCAUGUAGAUGCUUGGAGUGUGGAAAGAGCUUCAGUUGGAGCUCAGCUCUUAAGAACCACGAAAAACUUCACACAGGAGUGACACCAUUUCAGUGCUUGGAGUGUGGAAAGAACUUCUGUCAGAGUUCACUUCUUAGACAACAUCAAAUAAUUCAUACAGGAGAGAGACCAUUUAGAUGCUUGGAUUGUGGAAAGUGCUUCAGUCACAGACGAGAUCUUAAGAAUCACCAAAGAAUUCACACAGGAGAGAAACCAUUUAAAUGCCUGGAGUGUGGAAAGUGCUUCAGUCGGAACUCAUUGCUUAGGAGACAUCAAGUAAUUCACACAGGAGAGAAACCAUUUAGAUGCUUGGAGUGUGGAAAGAGCUUCAGUUGGAGGGGAGAUCUUAAGAACCACGAAAAAAUUCACACAGGAGAGAAACCAUUUAAAUGCUUGCAGUGUGGAAAGAGCUUCAGUCAGAGUUCAAAGCUUAGACAACAUCAAAUAAUUCAUACAGGAGAGAAACCAUUUAGUUGCUUGGAGUGUGGAAAGAACUUCAGUCGGAGGGCAGAUCUUAAGAAUCACCAAGGAAUUCACGCAGGACAGAAACCAUUUAGAUGCCUGGAUUGUGGAAAGAGCUUCAGCCAGAGCUCAAAGCUUAGACAACAUCAAAUAAUUCACACAGGAGAGAAACCAUUUAAAUGCUUGGAGUGUGGAAAGAGCUUCAUUCAUGGCUCAGCUCUUAGGAGACAUCAAAUAAUUCAUACAGGAGAGAAACCAUUUAGAUGCUUAGAGUGUGGAAAGAGCUUCAAUCAGAGCUCAAAUCUUAAGAAACACCAAGGAAUUCACACAAAAAUUCAUGAGCCUCAAACUCACACUGGAGAGAAACCAUUUAAAUGCCUGGAGUGUGGAACGAGCUUCAUUCAGAACUCACAUCUUAGACAACACCAAGGAAUUCAUACAGGGGAGAAACCAAUUAAAUGCUUAGAGUGUGGAAAGAGCUUCAGUCAGAGCUCAGCUCUUAGGAGACAUCAAGUAAUCCACACAGGAGAAAAACCAUUUAGAUGCUUGGAGUGUGGAAAGAACUUCAGUUUGAGCUCAGCUCUUAGGAGACAUCAGAUAAUCCACACAGGAGAGAAACCAUUUAAAUGCUUGGAGUGUGUACAGAGCUUCUGUUUGAGUUCACAUCUUAGAGAACAUCAAAGAAUUCACACAGGGGAGAAACCAUUUAUAUGCUUGGAGUGUGGAAAGAGCUUCAGUCGCAGCUCAGGCCUUAGGAGCCAUCAAAAAAUUCACACAGGAGAGAAACCAUUUAGUUGCUUGGAGUGUGGAAAGAGCUUCAAUAAGAGCUCAAAUCUUAGACAACAUCAAAAACUUCAUACAGGAGAGAAACCAUUUAGGUGCUUGGAGUGUGGAAAGAGCUUCAACCAGGGUUCACAUCUUAGAGAACAUCAAAAAAUCCACACAGGAGAGAAACCAUUUAGAUGCUUGGAGUGUGGAAAGAGCUUCAAUCACGGUUCACAUCUUCGAGAACAUCAAAGAAUUCAUACAGGAGAGAAACCAUUUAAAUGCCUGGAGUGUGGAAAGAGCUUCAUUCAGAACUCACAUCUUAGACAACACCAAGCAAUUCAUACAGGGGAGAAACCAAUUAAAUGCCUGGAGUGUGGAAAGAGCUUCAGUCAGAGCUCAGGUCUUAGGAGACAUCAAAUAAUGCACACAGGAGAGAAGCCGUUUAGUUGCUUGGAGUGUGGAAAGAGCUUCAGUUUGAGCUCACAUCUUAGAGAACAUCAAAGAGUUCACACAGGAGAGAAACCAUUUAAAUGUCUGGAGUGUGGAAAGAGCUUCAGUCGGAGCUCAGGUCUUAGGAACCAUCAAAUAAUCCACACAGGAGAGAAACCAUUUAGUUGCUUCGAGUGUGGAAAGAGCUUCAAUCAGGGUUCACAUCUUAGAGAACAUCAAAAAAUUCACACAGGAGAGAAACCAUUUAGAUGCUUGGAGUGUGGAAAGAGCUUCAAUAAGAGCUCAAAUCUUAGAAAACAUCAAAAAAUUCAUACAGGAGAGAAACCAUAUAGAUGCUUGGAGUGUGGAAAGAGCUUCAAUCAGGGUUCAAAUCUAAGAGAACAUCAAAAAAUUCACACAGGAGAGAAACCAUUUAUAUGCUUCGAGUGUGGAAAGUGCUUCAGUUGGAGCUCAAGUCUUAGAGAACAUGAAAGAAUUCACACAGGAGAGAAACCAUUUAGAUGCUUGGAGUGUGGAAAGAGCUUCAGUCGGAGGGGAGAUUUUAAGAAACACCAAGGAAUUCAUACAGGAGAGAAACCAUUUAGAUGCUUGGAGUGUGGAAAAAGCUUCAGUCAAAGAGGAGGUCUUAAGAAACACCAAAUAAUUCACGCAGGAGUUCAAGAGCUUCAGUUGGAGCUCAGAUCUUAAGAAUCACCAAGGAAUUCACACAAGAGACAAACCAUGUAAUUGCCUGGUGUGCGGAAAGAGCUUCUGUCAGAGAUCAGUCCUUGCAGAACACCAAGGAAUUCACAAAGGAGAAAAACUAUACAAAUGCCUAUAGUGUGGAAAGAGCUUCAGUUCUAGCUCCCAUCUUACACAAGAUGAAAGAAUUCCCACCUGGAAGGAUUUACAUGUUACAUUCAGUUCUGCUCAAAACCUCAGGACCAGAGAAGGGAAAACGACACACGCUGUUAUGUCUGCUGGCUGAAAGCUAGGAGAAACUUGAAAAGCACUACAACCGCCUCGGGAUCGAUAGCUGUUUCGCUGAACGCUUCCUCAGGAACAUUUUCCAUCAGACUCUGUUAAUAUGCAGGCUAAAUGCAUGUUAAUCAAUUUAGCCUGCAUAUUAAUGGAGUCUGAUGGAAAAUGUAUCUACAAUCAUCGUUCCCAGCUAGCAGACAUAACAGAGUGUGUUGUCUUCUCUUCUCCGGUCCUGAGGCAUCUGAGCAGAACUGUAUGUAUGUACAAACACCAGCAAAAUAUCUAGAGAUCAUUAUUGAACUUCUGGCAUCCCUCUGUACUAGUCUGGACUUGGUCCCUAUAAAGAGUUGCAGUCGGGAACUUUGAGCCACUUCGGAGCUACAUAUUGUUGCCAGUUUUGGCUGUUGGAGUUAUCUCUUUGCCUCAAAAAAACCUUGGGUUUUUUUAUGGAGUUUACAAUCACACGUCUUCAUAUGUGCAUUGUAUUCUGUUGGUUAUACAUGUGGGUUAUAUAUGUCUAGCUGGUUGAUUUUUCUGUAUAGGAUGUUUCCAGUCAUACGGUUUACUGCAUGUGUACUGGUUUUUGGUUACACAGUGGUUGUUUUGAUUAAACUUUACAUAAGGUUUAGUAUAUAAUUCAGUGUUAUUUUCAUUGUUAGAGUGGUGAGCAUUUUGUUCACGGGUUGGGUUUGUUUUUCUCCUUCAUGGUUCUGUGAAUUCCCCCUUCUCUUUGAUUAAUUAUUAAUCUACACAAGAAUUCUUGUUUAAAGGUUUGAUAUACCCCGAGAGGUCAUUUAUCCUCAAAUAUUUCCACCUCCAGAGGAGUAAGACAGGGCUGCAUACUAGCACCUACUUUGUUUAACAUCUACAUUAAUUCUGUAGUGUCCUGUCUUUCGACUCCUGUCAUUCACCCUCCAAAACUGGCCAAUAUUCCAUUCUUCUAUAUGCAGAUGAUAUGGCCAUCAUGACCCAGACUUCCAUAGGAUUAAAACGUGCCCUUGGUAUAUUAGAGCCCCUGGUGGCGCAGUGGUAAAACUGCUGCCCUGUAACCAGAAGGUUACAAGUUCGAUCCUGACCAGGGGCUCAAGGUUGAGAUAGCCUUCCAUACUUCCGAGGUCGGUAAAAUGAGUACCCAGAAUGUUGGGGGCAAUAUGCUAAAUCAUUGUAAACCGCUUAGAGAGCUCCGGCUAUAGAGCGGUAUAUAAAUGUAAGUGCUAUUGCUAUAUUAUAUGAUUUCUGUAGGCAGGAAUCCACUGAGGUCAAUUAUCACAAAAUGAAAGUCUUAGUGUUCACCAAACAUCCAAGAUAUCACAAUUGGGUUAUGCAGGGGCACAAAAUCGAGCAGGUCAGCUCGUUUAAAUAUCUUGGAAUUGUUUUCCAGUCUUCUGGCUUGCAAAACGCCCACUUAAAUUUGUCCAUACAAAAUGCUCAAAUUUCUACAAAUAAAACAAAAUCAUUCCAUUUUACGAGAGGGGCCUCAUUUAUCCCAGCGGCGAUCAAGUUAUUUGUUCCUAAAGUCUAUCCGGUAUUUUUUUAUGGUGCCCAAUUGGGGCCUCCUAGUGAUUUUGGCCCGCUGGAAGCUGUACAGUCUAAAUUUAUUAGAGCCAUUCUUCAAGUUCCCCCCUGUGUUCCCAACUGUCUUACCAGAUGAGAAGUAGGUCUCGCUAGGGUUGAAUCGGGUUAUUGGACCUGUAUUAUAAAGUUUUGGUUAAAACUGGUUUUUGCCAAUGUAGGCCUGGCUUCCUUGGUAAUGAUCGAUGACUUUAUAAGUGGAAGACCUUGGUUAAAAAUAAACUUCUUCAAUUUGGGUUCUCCCAUGAGGAAAUUCUUAGAUUAGGACAUGAUCAGGCCUGGCAAGUUAUUAAGCAGUGUAAUGCCGAUACAGAAUUACAAGUGGAUACAGCCUGUCUAAGGAGUGGCAUCUAUCUGGGGAAACAACUUUUUAAUUCCAAACCAACAGCAUAUUUAGAUAAUAUUCUUAACCCUAAAUUUAUGCAUCCAAUUACUCUUCCCUGCCUAAACGCCCUUCCAACUGCCGUUAGGGAAGGUAGAUAUAAAGGGAUUCCGUUUAAUUUAAGGAUUUGCCCCUGUGGAAUGGGUGCCGUAGAAACUACCACUCAUGUUAUUUUGUAUUGUAAAUUUUAUAGUGAUACUCGUUUAAAACUAAUUAAUCCUCUUUUGGGGAAGUUUUCAGGUCACUCUGAUGAAUUUUAUUUAGAGUUUUUGUUAUCUAACUUUUGUAAAGAGAUCACUUUCAUUGUGGCUAGGUUUUGCUACAUUGUUUAUAUUAUACGCUCUAGUCUUAUGUAAUGUUUUUUAUUCUACAGUCUGAUCUAUGAUCGUAAUAAAGUUUAUCCAGAACUUCA